GAUCAUUUGCUAUAGUUUGCUACUAGAGAAGUUUCUCUGAACUUGUAGAGCACCGGAAACCACGAGGAGGAAGCGUAGUGUUCUCUUCUGAGCGUGAAGUUGGCAUUUGGUAUCGCUUCAUUGGUGACUGCCUUCUGCCAUUGAUGAUCGUUCUUUUCUUCCUUUGGAAGAAUAAGAGGGAGAGAACGCAGUCUGAGUGGGAAUUUAUGUUGAUGCAGUUAACAACUUGGGCCAAACAGCACUUUUUGUUGCGGCAUUAUUGGGCCUUAGGAAAUUAGUUGAUGUUCUGGUGGAUUAUGGAUCAGAUCCAAAUCACCGCUGCUUUGAUGGGAGCACCCCUGUCCAUGCAGCAGCAUUUUCAGGCAAUCAGUGGAUCCUUAGUAAACUGCUGGAUGCAGGAGGUGACCUGCGACUCCACGAUGAGUGGGGUCAAAACCCGAAGACUUGGGCUUUGACAGCAGGAAAGGAGCAUAGCACCCAGAUAGUGGAGUUCAUGCAGCGCUGUGCCUCACACAUGCAGGCCAUCAUCCAGGGCUUCUCUUACGACCUCCUAAAGAAGAUAGACUCCCCGCAGCGGCUUGUCUACAGCCCGCCCUGGUUUGGGGGCCUUGUGCAGGGAAACCCCAAUGGCUCUCCUAACCGACUGCUUAAAGCUGGAGUCAUUUCUGCUCAAAAUAUCUACAGCUUUGGUUUUGGGAAGUUUUAUCUCACAGGGGCAACACAGAUCGCCUAUCUAGGAUCUCUUCUGGUCAUUGGAGAAAAGGAAGUGAUUCAAGCUGAUGAUGAGCCCACCUUCUCUUUCUUCAGUGGUCCCUACAUGGUCAUGACCAACCUGGUGUGGAAUGGGAGCAGGGUCACAGUGAAAGAGCUGAAUCUCCCCACCCACCCACACUGCAGCAAGCUGCGGCUGGCCGACUUAUUAAUUGCUGAGCAGGAACACAGCAGCAAGCUGAGGCACCCCUACCUGCUACAGUUGAUGGCUGUGUGUCUGUCCCAGGACCUGGAGAAAACUCGCCUUGUAUAUGAGCGCAUCACUAUCGGCACAUUGUUCAGUGUCCUUCAUGAACGACGAUCCCAGUUCCCAGUGCUGCACAUGGAGGUGAUCGUGCACCUGCUGCUCCAGAUAUCUGACGCCCUGAGAUACCUGCAUUUCCAGGGGUUUAUCCACCGCUCGCUCAGCUCCUAUGCUGUCCAUAUUGUCUCCCCAGGUGAAGCGAGGCUGACCAACCUGGAGUACAUGUUGGAAAGCAAGGACAGAGGUGAACAGAGGGACCUGACUCGAGUGCCCAUUCCUACCCAGCUGUACAACUGGGCCGCACCAGAAGUGAUCUUACAGAAGGCAGCCACAGUGAAGUCGGACAUCUACAGCUUUUCUAUGAUCAUGCAGGAGAUUUUAACAGAUGACAUACCCUGGAAUGGCUUAGAUGGCUCAGUUAUUAAAGAAGCCAUAGUUUUGGGGAAUUAUUUAGAAGCUGAUGUGAGGCUUCCGAAACCUUAUUAUGAUAUUGUUAAGUCAGGCAUCCACGUCAAGCAGAAAGACCGAACCAUGAACCUUCAAGAUAUCCGGUAUAUUCUGAAGAAUGAUUUAAAGGAUUUUACUGGAACCCAGAGAACUCAACCAACCAAGAGCCCCAGAGUGCAGAGAUACGGACUCCAUCCUGAUGUCAAUGUCUAUCUAGGACUGACUUCAGAACAUACCAGAGAGACCCCUGACAUGGAAAUCAUAGAGCUAAAGGAAAUGGGCAGUCAACCUCAUUCACCAAGGGUUCACUCUUUAUUCACUGAGGGGACACUAGAUCCUCAGGCCCCAGAUCCAUGUCUGAUGGCCAGGGAGACUCAGAAUCAAGAUGCUCCUUGCCCUGCUCCAUUUAUGGCAGAAGAGGCCAGCAGCCCCAGCACAGGUCAGGCAAGCCUCUGCAGUUUCGAAAUCAACGAGAUCUACUCAGGCUGCUUGACUUUGGAAGAUGAUGUAGAAGAGCCUCCAGGAGCUGCUUCAUCUUUGGAGGCAGACGGACCUAACCAGGUAGAUGAACUGCAAUCCAUGGAAGAUGAGCUGGAUAAGAUGGAGAGAGAGGCGUAUUGUUUUUGCAGUGAGGAUGAGAGCUCUUCAAAAGCUGAGACAGAGUACUCUUUUGAGGACUGGGACUGGCAAAAUGGUUCACUCAGUUCACUUAGCCUUCCCAAGUCAACCAGAGAAGCCAAAAGCAAUUUGAACAACAGGUCCAUGACUGAGGAGUAUCUCAUCAGUAAGUGUGUGCUGGAUCUAAAGAUUAUGCAGACAAUAAUGCAUGAGAACGAUGAUAGGCUGAGGAAUAUCGAGCAGCUAUUAGAUGAAGUUGAGAUGAAACAGAAGGAGCAGGAAGAGCGCAUGUCUUUAUGGGCCACUUCAAGAGAGUUUACAGAUGUCUACAACUUACCUCCGGCUGUGGGCCCUCCAUCUGUAAACUAUAUUCCUCCUGUCCUACAGCUUUCAGGGGGUCAACAGCCAGAUACCAGUGGCAAGUGCCCAACCCUACCAAGAUUUCCAAGAAUGGUAAGAGACUUUCAAGGGGGACAUUUUGGCAAAAGAUCCAGGAAAAGAAAUGGUUAUGGCUGGAAACCUUUCACCCAAGUCUCCGAAGUAAGCACUGGGAAUCAGUCAGAGAUGAGCCAUCAGGUAACCUAAGUGGGAGGAAGGGGCGGCCUAAGCAGGAACCCAGUGCUGGGUUUGACAUUGCCCGUAACCUGUGUGGAGGAGGGACUGACAUAUAUAUGCAACCGACUCAUAGCAAGGUGCUCUUAGCUUUAGGAAAUCAGUCCUCCAUGAUGGAAUUUCAAGGUAGAUACUCUCUGCCUCCCAGUCCAGACCCAACACACAGCCCAUGUGCUUCUCUGUAAAUUCGUAUGUAUCAAAUUGAUCCAUAUUAAAUUGCUGUUUUAUUAGUUAAA